GACCUUUUGCGAGUUAAUCUUCACUCCAACGUGGAUGGUCGAUUGCUUUUCUCUGUGCCAGUCCACGCCAGCAUCGUGGCCGCGAGACCGAGUCACCGGUAUGCGAGUUCUGACUCAUCCCAUCGGCAGUCCACUUCACAUUUGGGAGUUGUUCCACCUAGCACUCCCACCUCUCCUCACGUAACUAUCAGGAAGGGCUUACCCAUCCCUUCUUCCUAUCUUCCUGAAGCAGGAGAAAGUGCUCUGACAGACAAUCAAUUAGAUAGAGACGCUGAAAUUGCUCAUGUCGGCGUAGCUUCACAGUGGCAACGCAAUGAGAAUCGCGAAUGGAAUUCGCUACGAUCACUUGAAUCUAGACCUCUUUCGAGCUCCUCUGUUUACGAUCCACAACUCACUGAGCUUUUUGGCGGUUCACCUGCCCUGAAGGAUGCCCCGGGGAUGCGAUCAAAUUAUCAUCAGCAACAUUCCCCCUUCGUUGAGACCGUUGAAAAGCAUUUUGCGAAAAACCUCGAGAAAGACAUCGUGGCAUUUGUAGACCGUCCCAACGCUGAUAGUAGCCUCAGUGAAGCCUCCUUGAAACUUGGGGGCUCCGGCAGUGUUGGCGAUGUAAACCUUGGUGGUAGUGGACACCGCCCAGCAUUGGAACUAAUCAUGUACAUCUUGCUCGGUCUCUUCGUCCUUAUUGCACUAAUAUUUGCGGUAAACUGUGGUGCCAUGGUCGCUCGAUACCGAUGGGAACACGAACGAAGCACCAAAGAGACUCUGAGACUGCAACAACUUUCCGAAUUGGCUAUGAGUAAUGCAAACACCGACGUCGCCGGCACCGCGGAAUGUUCCAGUAGUUCGACAGCUGACGUGCAGUCCCAGGGAGACCGGGUCGACACGCUGGAACGCGUAGAGGUUCAGCGGGAUGAGGCAACUUCCACCCCUGCCCACAGUGGCUGCAUCGGCGCCUUAGCGAUGCUUCGUGGCAAAUUAGUUCUCAGAAGCCUGUCCCAUCAACGCAUGAAUCGCGACAACGACUGGGUGUGGCUUGGUCGGGACGCCCUGGCAGAGAGACAAGGCGAAACCCUCAUUGAGCGUCUGGCUUCCACACCAACAACGGACUCGUCUAAGCAUGCAGAAUUUUCUCAGACCACAUCAAGUGCUCGCGGCACAACGCAUUUAUUUGUGGCCAAAUCCGCCCAAGGGUUGUCGUUUGAUGACAGACACCACGGAGGAACUUUUCGGGCUCCAGCAUCUAGGAAAAUCCCAGCGCCGUCAUGUUCGACCUGCCAUUAUAAGGGUGAUGAAUGUAGCAUCCGCAUUCUAACCAACGCAACAGAGCCAGUCAAGUCAACCAACCCCACCGAGGUACCUGUAUUGCAGCAAGGUUCGAACACUGGUCAUCACCUCAUGUCCGGUCCUCGACGGAACACCCACCAAUCUCAACCUGGUUCAUGUCGGCGCUCCAUGUUUACUUUUGGUCAGUCCCUAAUUAUCGACCGUCAGAACCCCAACUGGCAAUUCCCCAUCGACUCCACUUUCCACCAUCUUCACCAGCACCAAAUGUGUUAUUGCAGCAAAGGUGCUCCUUCCCCUUGGGUGUAUAGAAGAGUACCAACUGAGACCUCUGAGCCGUCAGUGGCUGUUGAUGGCUAUCAGACUUUGCCUACAAAUAUUCCGGUUUGGCAUGAUGAAAGAGAGGGCGACAUCCCGCCGAGUCCACCCAGGCCUGCACAACAGCCAGAGCCAUCACUUGCAACUUCAGCUACGAAUGCUGUUUAUUCUCUCCUGGGUGGUGAUGAUACCUUAAUUAGACAAUCAUCUAUUCGAUUACAUCGUCAACAUCAACAGAAGUCUCAUCCCCAAACAAAAACUGAUUUUCCCCGUCGAACACGCAGUUACAGCCGAAUUGACGCCAUUAACAACGAGGCUGAAGUUUCCAUGUGUGCAAGCGGAAGUCAGCAGAACUCAUCCAGACUAUCCACUUGCUGUCCAAUCGAGAUACAAUCAGUGAUGUGCGGUAACUACCGCCAUGAGGAAGAUGCUAUGGCAACGGUAGCCGCGUAUUUUGACUGCGGCCCCCCUACUGUCCCAACUCCUGAACUCCACUCCAGUGUGUCGGAAUCGAUAAGUUGA